AUGGUUAGACAUCAAGUCCAUCUAGAGAUCAACGAGACCAAGGGCAAGAAGCUCAGAGUAAAGAUAAAGAAGAUCAGACCAGCGCGACUUCGACGUGACAAGAAGGGUAGGUACAUCAGGAGGAAGCAGAGGAAGGUGUAUAUCAACUCUCGCAAGUCAGACUUGGAGUUGAUCAAGAAGCUUAUGGAAAAGGCAUCCAACGCCAAGCACGUUCUCACACCGUCAAGUUCAUCAUCAUACAUCACUCCAACAGAGGGAUCAUACAUCAGAUCAAUCCAGGAUGCCAACUACAGGGAAGCGCUGAUGAAGAAUGCGAGAGACUUGGAACAACAGACUAGAGCAAAGGUCGAUGCGAUCAUCAAGGACGCGGCUGUACAUGCACUACCAGCACCUGAUCAACUAUUAAUCGACGCAGCAAUACCAGCGGCUGCCCAUGAGAUUGGAGAACACGGCAUCAAUGAAGGUGACCAUGUUGUGCACGUGUUCAAGGAGGUGUCGCCGCCACCAUCAGAUGAUGAGGAAGAGGAAGAAGAGGACGAUGGUAAUGAUCUGGGCAACAACCUUGACAGACUGCACGGCCAACAGACCUCAACUCAUGGACUACUACAACAGGCUCACUCUGACAUCAUGGACAUCAAGCAAUCACUCAACAAGCGAUUCCAACAGGACAUGGAGAAGCUCGAGAUUGAAGCGCAAGUGGAGCAGAAGAGAUACGAACUGGAGAUGAAGAAGCUAGCAGAUCACCGUGAACGCGAACAGAACAGCGCGAUGUCCAAAAUCAACAAGCUGUUAUCAGAGAGAAGGUCAAUCAGCAAGCAGGAGCCACGCGACACAGACAAGAUUGAACACAUAGAUGGAGAGAUUGAUCACAUUAGGCACCAAAUGGACGAUGGAGAUGUCAAGCGGAUGUUGGACCAAGCCGUCAAUGAACAGCGAUUGGAGCAAGCGAUGGAGCGAGCAGAGAGAGAGAAGCAGAAGACGGUCGAGCACAUAAAAGCUGUGGAGGUCAUGGCCGCUGCCGCUGCUCCCAGGCAGCCCAAGCCCUCGUUGCUUAAGAAGCCCGUACCCUCCAUCAUGCCCAAGGUAAAGACAGAGCCACAACCAGAGCAGACGUCUCCUUACAGCUCCCCUCCCCAUCCUCCAGCCACUUCGACAACAUCAACAACCACAACGACACCUACCAAUCCUCCAACAACAUCCACGACGUCUACUACUACCACAACAACAACUAACAAGAGACUAUCCGUCCCAGCAUCUAGUGUCAAGGCAUUGAGAGACGUACCAGCAGCUCUAACUCCCAAGAUCGAACCAAUGAUUCAGAAGUACAUUGACGGGGACUUGCAAGGUUCACAAGCACUCUUCUAUAAACUUGGCUUGGAGUUGCGACCUGCUGCAAUGGAUCCAAAUGAGAAGCGAGACCUCCAGAAAGAACUUAAAGACCAAACAAUUCACGCCAAGCGAGUACAGGACAUGGCAUCGAUGCAACAUGUCGUAGAGACGAUUGCACCUCAAGUAUCAGAUCUCGUCACGCGCUACUGGAACAACGCCAUCAGUUGGAAGGACUUUGGAACACUAUUAAAGAAGGAGCUCAAGUACGAGAAGAACAAGGCCACGUUGGCGGAUGCUAUUAUUAAUGAGGCACACCAGAUCAAGAAGGGUAGUGGCAAGGUUGAGGACGGUGGAUUGUACGACUAUGAGAUCGAGCAGUUGAUGCAGCCGUAUCACAAGGAUGGGUUUGAUGGUGUCAUUGCGAGUGAUCAACUUGAUGAGCUCAAGCCCAAGCAGCGCAUGUCAUUCAUCUUGAACCUGGACAAGAGCAAUCAGCCGGGCAGUCACUGGGUCGCAUGUAACAUUGAUGCCAAGGGUGACAAGGCGAUUGAGUACUACGACUCGUUUGGCGAUGAUCCCAGCACUGACUUUAUGAGAAGGAUGAAGCAGUUGGUGGAAGAGAUCGACCCAGACGUGUAUCUCAAGUUUAAAGUCAACAGGGUGAUUGACCAGGCGACCAACAGCCACACGUGCGGGUAUCAUGCCAUGCGCUUCUUGUUGAAUCGUUAUCGAGGAGUACCAUUCAAAGAGGCGACUGGCUACAGUGAUGUGAGAAGGGAAGAGAAGCGAGCGCGAGCGAUGGAACAGAGAUACAAGAAAUUCGGUUACUUAUAA